UCAGAAUGUCUCAAAACCACACGGGAUGGGAUUCAGAGUGCGAUACUCAGUCACCUCAGGGAACCUAGGAACAGGUUUGUCUGGUUGCGUGGUUCACCUGGGACCGGGAAAACUGCGAUAUCUAUGAGCGUAGCCUCCGCUCUUGACAACCAAGGUGCCCUUGCAGCGUCUUUCUUCUGGGAUAAGAACCAAAAGGGGAUGGGACUUGACUCGGUU